AAGUCGUCGGCUGCUCCUGAAGACCCCCCCUGACCGUAGAGACACAGGAAGUCCUCUUUGCUCCUGACGUCACACGUCAGAACCGGUUUCAGUUUGAGGCGCGAGGCGAUGUUGUUGACGUGUUGCAGCCUAACGGGAACCCAGAAGCAGCGGGUCUGGUCAGCACCUCCUUUGACUGCACGCAACGUUUUUAAUCAGACGCCAAAAAUGGCGAACAAGUUGAUAUGUAGAGACGUAGCCAGGCUGCCUGUUUGAAGCGCGUCCCUUUUCGGAUAUGGACGGUCCUGCACCGCUUGAAGCGGUUCCUUCUGCCCACAGCUCCGGCGGCAGAGGCUCCUGGCCGAAGCGCUUCAGAGGCUGCGUCCCGUCACACUACCGGGUUGAGAUGGUGCAGCUUGUGACGCUAGCAGGACCGGUGAUCAUUUCCCAGCUGAUGAGCUUCAUGAUCAGUAUCGUCAGCAUGAUGUUCUGCGGCCACUUGGGGAAAACAGAACUAGCAGGGGUAUCUUUGGCAGCUGCGGUGGUUAAUGUCACUGGUAUUUCCAUUGGCAUUGGUUUGUCAUCAACUUGUGAUACCCUCAUGUCUCAGACGUAUGGGAGCGGUAAUUUGAAGCGUGUGGGUGUCUUUCUUCAGCGAGGGAUUCUGAUUCUUCUGCUUGCCUGUUUCCCCUGCUGGGCCGUCCUCAUCAACACUGAACCAAUCCUACUCGCCGUCAGACAGAGCCCAGAGGUUGCCAGUGUCUCCCAGCUGUAUGUGAAAAUCUUCAUGCCUGCACUGCCGGCAGCUUUUAUGUACCAGCUGGAAGGAAGGUAUCUCCAGAAUCAGGGGAUCAUGUGGCCACAAGUCAUAACUGGAGGGAUCGGAAAUGUCCUCAAUGUGGUGAUCAACUACAUCUUCCUCUUUCCUCUGGAGCUUGGGGUCGCUGGAUCUGCUGCAGCCAAUGCAAUCUCACAGUAUCUGCUGGCUUCAUUACUAUAUUUUUACAUCUGCUGGAGGGGUCUGCACAAGGCCACGUGGGGAGGUUGGUCUCUCGAUUGUCUGCAGGAGUGGGGUCUCUUUGUCAAACUUGCCAUUCCCAGCAUGCUCAUGAUUUGUCUAUCGUGGUGGAUAUUUGAAAUUGGAGGACUCCUGGCUGGUGUGAUAAGUGAGGUUGAGCUGGGAGCUCAGUCCAUAGUCUACCAGCUGUGCAUCAUGGCCUACAUGUUCCCUCUAGGAUUUUCUGCUGCUGCCAGUGUACGGGUUGGGAAUGCUCUUGGUGCUGGAAACAUCAAGCAGGCCAAGCUCUCGUGCAAAGUCCCCAUUGUUUGUGCAUUCAUUGUUGCCUGUUUUGUUGGUGGCAGUCUCAGCAUCGCCAGAAAUGUCAUUGGAUGUAUUUUCACCUCAGAUCAUGACAUUCUUCAAAGAGUCGCCGAUGUCAUGCUUCUGUUUGGUUUCAUGCACAUUGGUGAUGCCACGGCGGGUGUUGCUGCAGGAGUUCUCAGAGGAGUAGGGAAACAGUUGAUUGGUGCUUUGUGUAAUCUGGUGUCUGUCUACUUCAUCGGCUUCCCCAUCGGUGUGUCCCUGAUGUUUGCAGCAAACAUGGGGAUUGUUGGACUGUGGACAGGACUUACUAUUUGUGUGUCACUGCAGGCGAUUGUUUUUAUCACAGUUUUGAGCAAACUUGAUUGGAAAAAGGCAGCUGAAGAGGCUUUUGUAAGAGCAGGAGUCCAGAACAAGAUCACAGAAGAAAAUCAGAUGAUAGAAUUUGAACACAGAGACUUGAAUCAGAGCCCUAUUGUGGUCAGUACUACUGUAUCUGACAAUGUGAGCGCUGAGGAGGAUAACACAGACCUGGACCUGUAUGACUCAGACCACAGUCCGCUGCUGUCCACUGCCACCAGAGAGGGCGAUGUUCUGUCUGUAAAUCAGCUGGUUUUAUGGCGUGGAGUUACGUUGCUAAUCAUGAUCUUCAUCCUCAUAGCUGGGAUUAUAACCAGCAACAUUUUGAUUAAACUGUUCAAGUGACUCAUCCUAAAAUCAGACAUUGAGUGUCAAAUGGCUGCUCAACAUGUUGAAUCCACUUAGAGUAAGCUUCACAGUCUGCAGCCCUGUGAAGCUUCCAGUUCCCAUCAGGGUUAUGAAUGAGCUGGCUGGUCUGUCCCUCACAUUCGUACUUUCUGCUGCAAUACAGAUUAUUGAGAGCCAAGCUUCUUGUGAUGACCUUGUGAUGAGUCAAAUCAAAGAGAGAACCAAAUAUUUUUCUUAGCUUACAGACCAAACCAGGGAUAACAUGUAAGUAAAUGCUGGACAUACAGCAUGGAAUGUGCAUGUUGCUCUGGAUGCUUGAUGUGUCAGUGACAUAAGUCACAUUUUUGCCAUCAUGUAGGCCAAAGGGAACUUGAUAAGUUUGUGAUUUACAACAUAGCAGUAUUUAUACUCUCUGUGUCUUACUUAUUGCUUUUUACUGUAUAAUCUGCUCAGAUAUUCUGUUUGCUUCAAAAGAGAAAUCCAUCAAUUUAGCUUAGCACACAUAAUUGUCAGACUUACAAUGGAUGGGUGGCAGACGCAGUUGAGCAGCAGGCUACAGAAAUCUAGUAAGCUGACUUUUUUCUAUCCCAACACUAUCAGAUUUUUCUUUAAUGUUACACACUGCUUCCUGUAGAAUUUCUAUAAUAUUUAUUUGAUUGUGCAGUAACAUCCGUGCUGCUGAAAUACUCGCACAUACAAGCCGCCUCUUUGAACAGAAUAUUUUAGGGGAGACAUGACAUAGUUUGAGUUUUUGUUUUUUUCAUUUACUAUUUUAUUUUGAAGUUCUGUGUCAAGAUUUGCUUUUCAUUUCCUCUCUUUGUCAGUUUUCCUGCCCUUUUCGCUACUUUUGUUUCCAAAAAAACACUCACCUCUUGUGUGUUUAAGUGCUUGUCUUCCACUCACUCUUUGUCAGUUCAUCAUUUCUGUUUUGCCCUUGUCUUCCGGUGUCUCCUUGUCCCAUUUUCCUGUCCCGUGUUUCCGGAUUUUGGUUCAUUUGGGUGCCCUUUGUUUGACAAACUGACCUACUGUCGAGGUUAAAAAAAAGUCAACCAAAAACAUAGACACAUAGGCAGAAAAGUAAAGCUUCAAAUCCAUAUCCAAAAUCGAAAAAUAUAGCAACAAAGGUAGUUGACUAAACAGGAGAAAUCUAAAAAAACAAAAGCAACAUCAAGAACAAACCGAAAGGGUAAAGUACAAACCAGAAAUAACAUGCGGAUUCAGGAACCAAAUACUGGAAAGACACAACAGGAAGAGUGGACAAGGAGACACAGGAACGAAAGGGAAAAACAGAACAGACGAAACUGACAAAGAGCAAGAGGAUGACGAGAACUUAAAUACACGGGUGACUGACUAAUAGAACACAGGUGAGGCAAGAAAAAGGUGGGAAAACAGACAAGGCAAGGAAAUGAGAAACAAAACAGGACACUAGAGGACAGAACUUCAAGUUUAACUUCUAGUUUAACAAGGUGUUCCAGAGCCUAUAAUAUCCUCAUGGUUAAGUGGGGAAUCUUCCCCACACUUGCUUGUGAAUGACUGAGCCUUUAGAGGAUGCCUUUUUUCAUGCCCCCCUCAUGAUACAAUAACAUGUUACUAAUGAACCUGUUGUCAUGGCAACUGAAAAUCAGUCGUUUGUCUAGUGCAGAUGAGAGUCAAAUAUUUAUGACACAAGUGUGACACAACAUUUCUAGUUAAUUUAAUUACUUUACUGCUUGCAAGAGUCAGGAGCAUAUAGAUGACUGAAGACAGACAGUCUCUGUUCAUCUUUUAUAAUAACCCAGAACAAUAAAUCAUCCCAACAUCUUUCUCAUGAUACACAUCAACUUCUUAUACGCUUCAAACAUUGUUGUGUGUCAUACAUUAACCUAAGGUCAAAACUCUUUGAAGAGGCUUCACCAACCGCCUUCAGGAUAAUAUGCUUGUCUAAGUUUCUUUUCAGUAUACAUUAUACCAUAGAUAAUACAUGAAUGCAUCAAUUCAUACUCUGCAACCACAUGAUUAUCACAAGACAGAGCUCAUGUCAGAAGUCGACAGAUAAGAGAUUUCACUUUAAAUACAUGAAAAUAUUGUAUCUGUAUUGUUAAGUGUCAUAUGUAAGAACAAUUUAUAACUGUCUCUCCUCUGUCCCAACUUGGAAAAGUGUUGCUUGCAUCAAAUUCAGAGCAGGAAUUUAUAUAUUUUUUAAUCAGUUUAGCUGAUGUGAUGAAAUAUAUUGUCUUUGUACUGUCUUCAGAUAUAUUAUAUAUGUCAAAAAUUAUUAGCAAAUGAUCACAUUAUGUCAGUUUUAGAGAGUGUCCAAAGGUUUUGGGGAAUAAGGAUUUUUAGGUUCCCCAAGUGGAGUUAGAAUGUGAGUUCAAAGAUGUUUACGUUGUAGGAUAAACUCUUUGAGUUGUUGUGAUUUUUACUAUGCUAAGCAAAUAUACACUGCUCAGAAAGAAAUUAAACAUUUUAAUCACACAUCAGAUCUUGAUGAACGAAUAUUCAAGUUGAGAAUAUUUAUUGAUGUACAUGACAUAAUUUGUUGUGAACAAAAUGUUUUAACAGUGUUCAAAAAUCAUCAACCCACUGAGGGCUGCCUGUCUUUGGCCACCACAUGCAAAACCAUUCACUUUUGGGGGUUGUCUUGCUUUUACCUCUUCAUAACACCUGUUGUCACUUUGAUUUGCUUUCUAAACAGACAGAUUGAUAUCCCUGAAGUUUAACUGACCUGGUGUUUCAUACUAUGAAAAUGAAGUGUCCUUUUUAUUUUUUUGAGCAGUGUAUAAUGCUGGGGUUCACCUUGCAUUUCAAAUGAACACAAUACAGACUGAAAUGUGUGGUGUUCCCCAGGGUUCAAUGCUUAAACCACCUUUAUUCAAUGUCAAUUUGUUCACGUUACUGCUGUUUGAAAUGACCCUAAGAUUGUCUUAUCUUUACUGAAACACACUUGUUUCUGUGUUUACGACAUUGGUGUUGUUCUCAUUAACUGUUGGGAAUGCCAAAUCGCACAAAAUGCCAAUUUCAAUAUAAUGUUGCUUUAAAAGUUUUUUGUUAUAAUCUAAACAUCACACAUCCUCUUUCUUUGUUUUUUGUAUAAUGCCAUGUUAUUUUAUUUCAAUUAAUACUGUUGUUGUUGGAACUGCUCUUAGUUUUGGUUAACAUUUUUUUAAUAACAGUUUUUUGUUUGAUUAUUCUAAAUGGUUGCCUUAGUCAGAUUAGAGUUUGAUAGCUUGUCUUUCCCUUUUUAGCAUGUUCAGUUUAGUCUAGUUAGAAUUCUUUUUUUUUUUUUUUUUUUUUUUUUGGUUUAUUUAGGAAUUUUGGGUAACACUGUGGGCACCUGGGGUUAUAUAGGCAGAAGGAUUGAUAUAGGACCAGCAUGUACCUUGUUCGGCCCAUAUGUUUUGUUUGUUUGUUUAUUUGUUUUUAUCAGGGCAAGAGAGGCAUGCAGAUUUCCUUUGUUUUUUUGUUUGCUUGCUUGUUUUUGGAAAACAUUUUUUUUUUUUAAAAAACAAAGGAACAUUGAAUGUACAUUAAAUUUCUUGUGCAUA